GCUGUGGACUCUGGGAAAGGUAGACUUAAAACAUCUGAUGGCGGUAAUAUUGGGAGAUGUGGUUAAGGAAUUUGCUAGGGCAAUUGAUUGCCUUAGUUUUAUCUCACGGAGAUAAAAGGUCGUCCGCGGCGGACGAAACUAGAAACAUUGCAACCACUCCCCCUUCAGGAAAAAAGGAAACAAACCAUGGUAUGGAAACUAAGUUCCAGCUGAGAAUAAGAAACCGAAAGUGCGACUGGAGAAGCGCCCAGCUGAUUGGCUUUCGCCCGGCCAAGCCACGAGAUCAAGAGGAAAACAGCCUGUUGAGGUUGUGGUUUGGGAAGCCGGCCUCCUAAUUGCUUCCCGGCGACGGCCACAACAGGAGCAUGGAAGCGGCCGCGACCCCCUCCCGGGACGAGUACAUCCUCUAUUUGAUCUCUUGCUUUAGGACCAGGAUCAAAACCAGCGUCCAAGUGAAUCGAGUGCUGGAUAUGAUGCCGUCCCUGAGCCUCGAGCGAAAACUUCACCUCCGAGCAAUGGCUGGAGAAAAGGGGAACGUGGAAGCCGCGGAGCAGCUGCUCUCCGUGGUGGAGAAGGAGGCUGCCGGCUUGCCGGGUUUAUGCCAGGAGUUCUGUGAGGCGCUGGUGCGGGGAGGCUACGACGCCGGCAGGUAUCUGGACCCCAGCCUCAACGAACUGCCCUCGCCCUCCAUGGAGGCGACCGGCGACCUGGGCAAGGCUCUAGUGAACCUGUUCUUCGAUCGCCUCACCGACAUGUUACAGGCCAGUCAGGUGGCUUUCAAGUGUUUGGAAAAGGAACUCUUGGAUCCCGAAGAUGUGGAGCGGGUAAUUGUUGAAAAAAAUAAGCAGGGGAAUAAAUCAGCAGUGAGAGAAAUGCUCUAUAGGAUAAUACAGAAGAAAGAAUGGCUCUCACCCUUUCUAGAAGCCCUGCGUGAAGCUGGUCAUGCAAACAUGGCUGCUUACAUAAGCGGGGACCCAAACGAACAAGGCGUAAAUGGAGCCUCUGAUUCAUCAAACGAAAUGUAUGAGGCACCAAGUUCUGAAGAUGUGGAGAAUCUGCAGCCAAGAAUUGGAUUACAAGAAACUCCAGAGGAUGACAAGAAUGCAUCAGAAAAAUCAUUUGAAGACCUCCUUGCAAUUUCAGAAUCUGAUGUCAGUUUGCAAGAAACAAAUUUCUGUGAUGUGAUUGCAGACUUUGGACAGAUGAACCUUUACAGUGAUGAUUCAGAUCAUGUUGAAAGUAGAAACCAAAGAUCUUCCCCUGAAAAAGAACUGCAUCUGAGAGACUAUCAGAUGGAAGUGGCCAAACCAGCCUUGGAAGGGAAAAAUAUUAUUAUAUGCCUCCCCACAGGCACUGGCAAGACUCGAGUUGCUGUUUAUAUUGCCAAAGACCACUUAGAUACAAAAAGAAAAGCAAAAGAACAUGGAAAGGUUGUAGUUCUUGUCAACAAGGUGCCACUGGUGGAGCAACAUUUAGAGAAUGAAUUUGGUCCCUAUAUGAAGCAUGCGUACCGAACAAUAGGGCUGAGUGGGUCAUCUCAGCUGAAAUUUUCAUUCCCUGAACUAAUUAAAGAUUAUGAUGUGAUUAUUUGUACUGCUAAGAUCCUGGAGAAUGCGCUGGAGAAAGUGUAUGAAGAUGAUGAAGAAGGAGUCCAGUUAUCAGUGUUCUCCUUGAUGAUCAUCGAUGAAUGUCAUCACACCCAGAAAGGAGCUGUUUAUAACAAUAUAAUGCGUUACUAUUUAAAAGAAAAAAGGGAAAAUGAGAAGCGAAAGAAAGAAGGAAAGCAACUGAUGCCUCAGCCUCAGAUUCUGGGGCUAACAGCCUCACCCGGAGUGGGAGGUGCAACAAAUCAUUCAAAAGCAGAGGAACAUAUUCUAACAAUAUGUGCCAACCUGGAUGCAGAUGAGAUUGUGACUGUUCAAGAGCACAGUUUGCAACUGCAACAUCAAGCAAAAGAACCUCUUAAGAAAUUUGAGAUUGCAGAUGACAAAAAGGAGGAUCCAUUUAAAGAGAAACUCGUAAACAUUAUGACUGAGAUUCAAGGCUAUUGCCAGUUCAGUCCAAAUGCUGAUUUUGGAUCACAGGCCUACGAACAGUGGGUCAUUCAGGAGGAAAAGAAAGCUGCCAAGGAAGGGACUCGCAAAGAGCGGGUAUGUGCAGAGCACUUGAAGAAAUACAAUGAUGCCUUGCUAAUUAAUGAUACUACCCAAAUGAUUGAUGCCUAUAACCAUCUGAAGACCUUUUAUGAGGAAGAAAGGAGUAGAAAGAUGGCAAUGGAUGAAGAUAGUGAAGAUGAACUCAUAGCCUUACAACCAGAUGAAACUGCUACUCGUCUUAUAGAGUUGUUUUAUGAUAAACAAAAGGAGCUGGAAGAGUUAGCUGAAAAACUACAAUAUGAAAAUGAAAAACUAACAAAGUUGCGCAUGACUUUAAUGCAACAAUUCACAAAGAGCAAUGAACCCAGAGGAAUUAUUUUCUCAAAAACUCGUCAAAGUGCAUUUGCUAUCUAUCGGUGGAUUAAUGAUAAUCCCAAAUUUGAAGAAGUUGGAGUGAAGGCUCACUACCUCAUUGGCACAGGACAUAAUAGUGAAUUUCAGCAUAUGACCCAGAAUGAACAAAAAGAUGUCAUUGAAAAGUUCCGGUCUGGUAAAAUCAACCUACUAAUUGCUACUACUGUAGCAGAGGAAGGCCUGGAUAUCUCACAAUGCAACAUUGUUAUACGCUAUGGUCUUGUUACCAAUGAAAUAGCCAUGAUGCAGGCUCGUGGAAGAGCUCGAGCUGAGGAAAGCAUUUAUGUGCUUGUGGCUUCAGAUGGAUCAGGAGCUGCUGAACGUGAAAAUGUUAAUAUGUUUCGUGAGAAAAUGAUGCACCGAGCAAUUAAGCGUGUCCAAAAGAUGCCACAUGAAAUAUAUGUGCAUAAGAUCAAGGAGCUUCAGCUGCAAAGCUGCAUGGAAAUGAAAAUGAAAGCAAAGAAAGAACAAUUUAAACAGUACAAGAAGAACCCCUCCCUGAUAAUGUUCCACUGCAAAAACUGCAACGAUCCAAAAUGCUCAGGAGAUGACAUUCAAGUUAUUUUAAAUAUGCAUCAUGUCAAUGUUACAAAGGAAUUUGCGAACCUUUAUAUCGUAAGGGAAAAUAAGACACUGCGAGCAAAAGAAGCAGAUUAUCAAACAAACGGGGACAUUAUCUGUAGAAAUUGUGGCCAGAUAUGGGGAACUAUGAUGGUAUACAAAGGUCUAGAUCUUCCUUGUUUAAAAAUAAAAAAUUUUGUGGUAUAUUUCAAAGAUAAGAAAUGCACCUCAAAGAAAAUAUACAAAAAAUGGAGAGAAUUAGCCAUUAACUUUCCAGCUUUCAGUUAUGCAGAUCAUUAUAUUUCUAGUGAAGAAGAUUAAGAAGGCUGAGAGACUCUAAAGACAGAUGGGAACCUUUUCCACCUUCAGAUUUCAAAAGACUAGUUUAAAGACAUAUUUUUCUUAUGCCCAAAUGACUGCAGAUAUUGUGCAAAAACUUUCCAAUUUUUCAUACCAUUCAGGCUUCUGUAUUUCUGAAUAGAGACAGUUCAGUUUUCUUUUCACAGUUUCUGUGAAAAGAAAAAAAGUAGUUCCUGGGGCUACAUCUCUAACCAGGAUGUAAAAUGAUUCAGUGUGAGAAUUUACCUUUUACUUUAAUGGGAUGCAUAAGAUACAAAAGCCAUACCAAUAUAGAAUUAUUUUAUUAAAUUGCAUAAAAGAUCAGAAAAAUGUUUUAUUUUGUAAGUCAAGGACUACCUGUAACUUUAGGAAAAUUGUUACAGAAUUAUAAUGUCAAUGCUGCUAACAUUGGAUGUUCUUGCUUGAAAAUAUAUGAAGAUGCAGACAUUUUCUAUUUAACCUGUGUAUUACUUUUAGAGUUAAAAUUAGAUAGUGCUGGAAGGGAGGGGGGAAGAAUGUACUUGGGGACUAGUUAGCCAUAACAAUAUUUCAGUAGGGUAUUUUUCAAGGUUAGUUGUAAUAAGAGGAGAUAACAGGAGGGAAAGUUCACACUUCAAACUAAUUGGAGAAUGUGAUUAAUGACUGUUAAAUGAAGGAGUGAGUUAUGCUUUGUUAUGGUGUGUUGGGGGAGGAGAAUUCAGAUUUUGGCUUCUCUAUGUAUGUGCCGAAGCUAUGUUGCAAUUAAAAGAUUCUUUAAGGUAAACAAUGCCUCAAAGUUCUUUGAAGAGCUUCUUCUUUCGGAACCAUGACAUAUAAAAUAUAAAUCCUAUAUCUUUUGGAUCAAAUUUAUGCAAAAGACUCUUAUAUUCUGGACUAUAGACCAGGGGUCCCCAACCCCUGGUCUAUGGACCAGUACCGGUCCGCGGCAUGCCAGCAACCUGUCUGCACAAGCAAGCAAAGCCCCACCCAUGGGAUGCAGGCAACACACAAAACCACGCCCCUCCGGUCCACAGAAAAACCUCUUUCCAUGGAACCAGUCCCCGGUGCCCAAAAGGUUUGGGACCUAUGCUAUAGACUAUAUUACAAUAUAUUUGUAUUUUACCUAGAUGUUUCAUUCUUUUAAUUACUUGGCAGUUUAAAGUUUAAUUUAUAUACUAAAUGAAAAGAAAAAUCAUUAAGCAAGUCUUUAGUUCUCUUCGGGUUGAUGGUAGUUUGUUUUAACUCCAUCCCAUUUCCUUGCUUUCCUUAGAUGACUAUUUUACAUGACUAAUAUGACUACACUAAAAGUCUAAUGCAAUAAGUAAAAUUGUUCUCAACAAAGAAACAAAUUGAAAAUACAAGUAUUUCACAUGUUUAUGGAUUCUGAUACAAAUUUAUGAUACUUCUACUUUGCCAGUUUUAUAAAG